UGUGGGGGAGGGGUAUUGGCUGGGGUGGAACAGUCCUGUGUUGAGCAGAAUCUAGACACUGAGCAUCAUAUGGCUAGGAUGGAUAUGGGUUAAAUACAAAUAUCGGGAUCUACAAACCCUAAAGGGGAAGACUCAAAAGAUAGAAGAGAGAAAUAUUUGUGCUAUUUGUGACUACCGCACAGCAUCUUCUGAGGGAAAAGGCUUCACCUCCAGAUCGCAGCAGGAGCUUGGAGGGGAAGGAGAGAAGAAGGGAGAAAAAAAAGCAAAGCAAUGGAAGGAGGACUGCUCCAGACCUGGAUGUAAAGGGGGGCGAUGUAAUGUCUGAUUGAGCGUAUCAGUGCUGCUGUGUGGAUCUCAGGCUGUGGAAAAAAACAGGCCUUGUUUGCCUCCAGAUCUCCACAACGCGCGCAAGAGAGAGACACGGAGAGAGAGAGAAAGAGCGAGAGAGAGAGAGAGGGGAGCGGAGCCGAGGGACUCUGGAGUGGAGAGGGAUCGAGAAGCUCACGAUCAGCGUGCCCACGGGUGGAGGGGCCCAGUGACGGGAGCAGCGAUGUUACAGUAGGCCCAGCCUCUCUUUGAGAGAACCAGGAGGAAAUGAUGAUGAAGAUGCUCUGAGAACUUUUCAAGAUCAGCUUUAUCUGACACAGUUCUUUCAUAAUUUCUUAGUUUUUUUAUAUUUUUAUUUUUGCAAGCUACGUCUUUCCUGAAAGGAGCUAAAUUAAUCUCACCUCAACAUAUUAUACCCACGCCUUCCUUUGUCGAUUAGUACUUGUUUUCCUUGACAUUCUGAGGAUUUGCCAAAACCUGUUUCAUGCAUGUCCACUGGAGGCAGGUUUGACUUUGAUGAUGGGGGGUCGUACUGUGGAGGGUGGGAACAGGGCAAGGCCCACGGGCGGGGGGUCUGCACGGGUCCCCAGGGCCAGGGAGAGUACGCCGGGGCCUGGAGCCAUGGCUUUGAGGUCCUGGGGGUGUACACCUGGCCCAGUGGGAACAGUUACCAAGGCACCUGGGCGCAAGGUAAGCGCCACGGCAUCGGCGUGGAGAGCAAAGGCAGGUGGGAGUACAGGGGCGAGUGGACACAAGGAUUUAAAGGCCGCUACGGGCAGCUGGAGAGCACAAGCAGUGGAGCUAAGUAUGAGGGCACUUGGAGCAACGGUUUACAAGAUGGAUAUGGAACUGAGACUUACUCCGAUGGAGGAACAUACCAAGGCCAGUGGCUGGGGGGGAUGCGUCAUGGAUACGGAGUUCGACAAAGUGUGCCUUAUGGCAUGGCGGCUGUCAUUCUCUCCCCUCUUCGCACCUCCAUAAACUCCUUGCGCUCGGAGCACAGUGAGGGGCCGUCGCUGGAGGACGGCAGCGGCGGGGUGGGCGGCGUGGUGGGGAGCCCCGUUGGGCGUGGUGGCUUUGUGCUGUCGGCGCACGGCGAUGCUGACCGGCAGAGGAAGAGAAAGGGCCGCUUCCGGCAGUCUAUCCUGAGUGGCCUGAAGCUGCGGCGCUCUGAGUCCAAGAGCUCCCUGGCCAGCCAGCUCAGCAAGCAGAGUUCCUUCUGCAGCGAGGCUGGCAUGAGCACAGUCAGCUCGGCUGCCUCCGACAUCAAUUCCAACGUCAGCCUGGGCGAGGGCGAGCUGGGCAGCAGCGUGGAUGCCACGGUGACAGAGAUCUACGCCGGCGAGUGGAGGAACGACUGGCGGACAGGCUGGGGCGUGUGCCGGCGCUCAGAUGGCCUGCGGUACGAAGGGGAGUGGCUGGCCAACAAGCGGCAUGGCUACGGUUGCACGACUUUCCCUGAUGGCACCAAGGAGGAGGGGAAGUACAAGCAGAACACACUGGUAAGUGGCAAGAGGAAGAACCUCAUCCCACUACGCGCUAGCAAGAUCCGAGAGAAGGUGGACCGUGCAGUGGAGGCCGCAGAGAAGGCUGCAGACAUCGCUAAGCAGAAGGCUGAGAUAGCACUGUCCAGGAUGAGCCACGCCAGAGGAAAGGCAGAGGCUGCAGAGGGUGUCGCUCAGAGAGCCCUGGAGGAGUGCCGCCUAGCCAGGGUCAUUGCCAAAGAACUGUCCCCCUCCUUCAAUCAUUAUGGAAAUGGGCUGGAGUGCAAGAGGCCCAAGCAUCAGGAAAGGAAGGAGAAGGACAUAGAGGUCAUGUCCACAGGCACAGACAGCCCGGAGCUCUGCACGCCGGACACCACGCCGCCUGUCCUGACACCGGACCGGAGCCCGAUUCUGAGCAGCCCCUCGUCGCCACCCUGUAGCCCUCCAUCGCACCGCACCCGAAACACUUGCUUCAUGCGCCAGAGCGCCGUAGACGAGCAGGGAGGAGCCGAGAUCCAGGUUCUGGUAGAAGGGAGGGGCAUGGAUCACAUGAGGGGCGGAGGAAACGGCUGGACGGCUGACAUGUAUCCCACCCGGAGAGGCAGCAAGGGGGAGAGCAGUCGCUCCACCACACCAUCGCUUCUGGAGGAGGCAGAAAUAGGUCACAUGAAUGGCCAUGAGCAAACCAAUGCCAAUCACAAGUCACGGGAGAAUGUUUCUUUCAAUCAUAAGCCCAUUGAGCACUCUCCCUCCGAGAAGUUGUGGGAACACAAGCCCUCCAAUCAGAAGGCCUGGAAGCAUGCACCGUCGAAUCACAGGUCCAGGCAGUACAUGGCCUCUAACAACAAGGAAUGGGACAAUUCAUCUUCCAACCAUAAGUCCUGUGAGCGCGACUCUUCCAAACCACAGGUGCACAUAUAUUCCAAUCACAAGGCUUUGGGGCACAGUCUGCCCAAUCACAAGAACCAUGAGCACGCUUCUUCCAAUCACAAGCCAAAGGAGUACAUCUCCACACAACACAAGCCAAAAGAUCACGUCCCUUCCAGUUACAAUCCUCGAGAGCAUGCACCCUCCUAUCGCAAACCCCAUGACCACAUCUACUCCAACCACAAACCAAGCCAGCCCAUUUCCAAUCAUGUUAUGGGCAAGCCUGCCUUGUCUGACUUCAAGCCCAUAGAACCAGAUAGGGACUGCUCACCAGUGGGCUGGGCUGCCGAGAACACCACCCAGUGGAGCCCCUCCCGCUCCCACCUGGUGGAGCAAGACGAAGAGAGAAUGGAUGACUACAGGGUGGAGAUGAGGCUCCAGCCCCAAGACUCCUUUCCACAGCAACACUUGGGCUCAGGCAACGAGUCUUCGGGUCUCAAAGGGCACAACUCACAGAGACUGAGGCUAAGGAACCAGGAAAGCAAAGACUGGGGUCUUUCAGCCAGAGAAGGGUCUAUGGACUCGGUACAAAUGCUGGACAACCUGAAUGUAGGGGUGGACCUGGAGGAGUGGCCACUGCACAGGGAUGUCACCCUCUCCCCGCCCCUAACAUCAUCCCCUAUCACACUGGAACAUGAGGGGGAGCAUCUAAACCUGAUCAAAUCAAACUCAGGCUCCAGCUCCAUUCUAGUGGUCAUGGUGAUUUUACUCAACAUUGGGGUUGCCAUUUUAUUCAUUCAUUUCUUCAUUUAACAUCAUAUAUGGCCUGCAUAAUAAUAUUAGCAUUGCCAUGAUAAAUUGGACACAAUUUUAGUUUAAGUCCACUUUUUGGACAAAAUUCAUUAUUGGCUAAGCACUACAUCCUCACAGAUGUAUUUAAGGAUUUCCGUCACUGUUCCAUUAGUUUUAGUACUCUAACUUUGUUUUCCUCUCUACUCAUUAUAAAGGCCCAUGUAAGGUAUUGUUUAAGCUUUGCGAUGACUACAGACAUUUAGUUUUUUAAAUAUUAGACCUAUACCUUAUUCAUUUGAACUUUUUAACUCUCUUAAUGAAAUAUUUUAUUUAUUUUUAUUUAUUUAAAUUUGUAUUUAUAUUGAGAGGAGAUUCAGGCCUGCUGAGCAGCAAGAUAGAAUAGCAUAGUGAGAUGGUCUCUUGUACAAAGACGUUGUAGCGCAUGUAAGCUGGUCAUGGGCAAAUAGCACAGGAUUUUGUUAGGCAGGCCAAGACUACAUGAUCCCAUAGCUUCCCCAUUUCUCCACACACGACAUGCAAAACUACACCCCAAAAUUAUUAAGUGUAAGAAGUAUGAUCUACUGUAUCUGAAAGGGCUUCAUCGUCAUACUCUGCAUUGGUAAGGAAAAAAUGUAUAGAUGUAUGUUGUAUUUGGGUGAGAGUGCACACCAUUAUGUUCACACUCAACACAAUCCCUGCGUCAUCAAUAUUAUGAUGUUUCAGCACAAGCUCAUCAAACAUUUUGUUGUACUCAAUUCACAGCUAACACAGGCGCACCGUGGACACUCCUGCCC